AAUAAUGCAAUUUAAAAUAAAUAAAUAAAUUAAAUAAAAUAAAAAUAAACUAUUUAUAAACUAUAAAAAUCAGAAAAGAGGAAAGAAAAAAAUAAAAUAAAAAAAAAAAUCAACACCAAACAAAAAAAAUGUGAAAACAAGUAACAACUCAUCAAAUUCCCAGGUCAGUGGUCAGUAAAGAAGUCGGAAAAAAUCACGGAGGAAAAUCUCUGAAGAAAGCAUAUUCAUACAUAAUAACCGGAAAUGGAAACGCUAGCCACCGCCGCCGGCGCAUUAUCUCUGCCGUUUUUCUCGCCGAACAAGUCCAAGGACGCUCCUUUCAGUCGGAUCGUCCGAUUCUCGACUUCCCCCAAAAGUAGCGAUGAUGGCAGCAAUAACUGCGAAAACAAUCUCAAGUUCGAUCCGCUUCUAAAGAUGCAAUUGACCUGGCCCUUAGGAAAUUUGCAGGAUGCUGCGAUGGGUUUGGUUCUUAGUGCGGCGAGCGUGAGAGGAUGGACAACUGGGUCGGGUAUGGAAGGCCCGUCUGUUCCAGUGGGUCAAGAUUCUGAAUCGGGUACGCCGCAGGUGUCCACCUUCCCUUGGUCGCUUUUCACCAAAUCCCCACGCCGUCGGAUGCGCGUGGCCUUCACCUGCAAAGUUUGUGGCCAGCGCACGACUCGCGCCAUCAAUCCACAUGCAUAUACAGAUGGCACUGUAUUUGUUCAGUGUUGCGGCUGCAAUAUAUUUCAUAAGCUGGUGGACAAUCUGAAUCUGUUCCACGAGAUGAAGUGCUAUGUGAAUUCAAGUUUCAACCCAAACCCAAAUGAUAACAUGAAUUUCAAGUACUUGGAUUUGGACGAGAACAACAAUGGCGAUAUUUUUCCGCACUUGUAGAAGGCAACAAAUGUUGUAAGUGGAUUUAGUGAGGUUGACGCACAUAUUUCAUGUAUAUUCCGUUGGUAUUGUUGGGGUGAUUUCUGUAUUAUGCUUGUAAAUAAAUAUGACUGAGAGGUAUUGUUGAAUAAUUAGUAUCAGUAUUACUCAUGAAGUGUGUGUUGUAACAAAACUAUUUAUGAUAAUAUGCUAAAGAACUUAUGUAUAUUAGCAAAAUAAUCAAGAUGAAACAACAUAUUCUUACAGCCGAAGCAUUAGUAAUGAAAACAACAUAUGUUACAG